AAUAUAAAAGAACUGGUCGCGCCUACUCAUUGCAGCGUGAACAGUUUGCGAGUUCAGUCGUAUGGUCAAUGACAAAUCAGUGACCAUGAUAGUGAAAAUAGCCAUUUUGGUGAUAAUAGCAAUAACGUUCAACGAUGUGUCUGCGAAAACCUCGUACAAGAUCUGCGUACCGUCUCAGUUCAUGAAGGCAUGUGAACAAAUGCUUGAAGUGGAAACGAAGAGCAAAGCGAUACUGGAAUGUUUGCCGGCCAGAGAUCGAGUGGAAUGCCUGACCCUUGUGCAGCAGCGGCAGGCGGACCUGGUCCCAGUGGACCCUGAAGACAUGUACGUGGCGAGCAAGCUGCCCAACCAAGACUUUGUGCUGUUCCAGGAGUUCCGGACUGAUGAGGAGCCAGAUGCGGAGUUCCGUUACGAGGCCGUCAUAGUUGUUCACAAGGACCUUCCAGUUACCAACUUGGACCAGCUGAAGGGCUUGAAGUCAUGCCAUACUGGCAUCAACAGAAAUGUGGGAUACAAGAUACCUCUAACGAUGCUGAUGAAGCGCUCCGUGUUCCCCGCGAUGACAGACCGCAGCAUCUCUCCUAAAGAGAACGAGCUGAAGGCUCUCUCGACGUUCUUCGGCAAGUCCUGCAUCGUCGGCCAGUGGUCGCCUGACCCGAAGACCAACACUUUCUGGAAGUCCCAAUACAGCAAGCUAUGCUCCAUGUGCGAGGACCCCGCCAAGUGCGACUACCCCGACAACUACAGCGGCUACGAGGGAGCGCUGCGCUGCCUGGCGCACAACGGCGGCGACGUGGCCUUCACUAAGGUCAUCUAUGUGCGGAAGUUCUUUGGGCUCCCAGUAGGCACGACCCCGGCAACUCCUUCUUCUGAGAACCCGGACAACUUCGCCUACCUCUGCGCGGACGGGUCCAAGGUCCCCAUCAGAGGGAAGGCAUGUUCUUGGGCAGCGCGGCCGUGGCAGGGCUUGUUGGGGCACCAGGACGUGCUGGCUAAACUGUCGCCUUUGCGGGAGAAGAUUAAGCAGCUGUCUAGAGCUGGAGCAGAAUCCAAGCCCGAUUGGUUCACCAACGUUCUAGGCCUUUCUGAGAAGAUUCACCUGGUGGCUGACAACAUUCCCAUACGCCCCGUCGACUAUCUGCAGAAGGCCAACUACACGGAGGUCAUCGAGAGAGGACACGGCCCGCCUGAACCUGUUGUGAGGCUGUGUGUGACGAGCUCGGUGGCGCUGGCGAAAUGCCGCGCCAUGUCCGUGUUCGCCUUCAGUCGAGACAUCCGCCCCCGGCUGGACUGUGUGCAAGAGGCUUCGGAAAGCGACUGCUUGAAAAGCGUCCAAGACAACGGCUCAGACCUGGCGUCAGUGGACGACAUGCGGGUAGCGUCGGCAUCCAACAAGUACAACCUACAUCCAGUAUUCCACGAAGUAUACGGAGUCAGCAAGACUCCUAACUACGCAGUAGCUGUGGUGAAGAAGAAUACUCAGUAUGCUAAGAUUGAAGAUUUGAGAGGGAAACGUUCCUGCCACAAUCCCUAUGGAAGCUUCAGUGGCUUUGAUGCCCCUCUGUACUACCUUAUCAAUAAGAAAGUCAUUAGCACUGAACAGUGCCUGAAAAAGCUUGGAGAAUUUUUCGCAGCUGGAUCAUGCUUACCUGGAGUAGCCAAAUUAGAGAACAACCCUACAGGUGAUAACGUAGAUAAUCUGAAGAAGCAAUGUUCUGGAGACAACAGCCCAAUAAAAUGCUUACAAGAAGACAAAGGAGACAUAGCAUUUGUGUCAAGUGCGGACCUUCAAAACCUGGAUGUCUCUCAAUAUGAGCUACUCUGCCUAAACCGAGAGAAUGGUGGCCGAGACUCACUAACCAACUAUGUCACAUGCAACAUUGCCAUGGCCCCGUCCCGAACCUGGCUCUCAGCUAAAGACUUCCUCUCUGACGUGUCCAUAGCACACACUCCGCUGAGCUUAGCACAACUACUGGAUACCAGAAAGGAUCUGUUUAACAUUUACGGAGAGUUUUUGAAGAAUAAUAAUGUUAUUUUUAAUAAUGCUGCCACUGGACUGGCCACAACCGAAAAGAUGGAUUUUGAAAAGUUUAAGGCAAUCCAUGACGUUAUCUCAUCUUGUGGUGUUGCAUAAACAUACAUACUAGGUUAAUAAUUGUAUAACUAAUUAUAUUAUAGACUACAGAUAACAUGAAAACUACAGUAUAAGUCUGAUUUGUAUCAUGAAUUUUAUUAAAUUAACAUUUACAUGAUUAUAAAUAAAUAUAAUACCCAAAAUGAA